CACUCGUGUGAGGUUUUUGAUGGAUGAAAGUACGUAUAGCUGGUGUUUUGGGGAAAAUAUGAGACAGUGGGUGGCUGACAAUUCGCCUGCUAUCACGUGACGGCCGAGUCAGAGCGGGCCACUGAAUUUCUGCCCCACGAUGCCGCCACCUGAACUUCUCUCACUCUCCAGCAACGAUUCAUAUACAAGCACAACAACACGCAGAAUACAUCCACAACUACACAUUAAAAACUCGCUGAAAAUGUCUCGAGCCGUAGGACGCACCACCGACUGGGCUGAGGAAGAGGACGAAGAUUCGCCCCAGGCCCAGCUCCCACCGCCCCAGACCAUCAAGAACAAGGACGGCACCGAGACCACCAUCACAUACACGAUCCGCGAAGAUGGCAAGAAGAUCAAGACGACCCGUCGCAUCAAGAAGACGAUCGUGAAGCGCGUUGUCAACCCCCGCGAAGCCGAGCGAAAAGAAUGGGCCAAGUUCGGACAGGAGAAGAGCAAGGCGAUCGGGCCACAGAGCGAUACCACCAGCGUCGGAGAAAACAUCGUGUUCAGGCCGAUGGCGAACUGGAAGGCGUCGGCGGAGGACAAGAGCGAGAACGAGAAGAAGAAAAACAACCUGAAGGAUGCCAAGAUCAAGUGCCGUAUCUGUAGCGGAGACCAUUGGACGACCAAAUGUCCCUUCAAGGACACCAUGGCUCCUGAGGGCGACAACGCCGGCGCCGAGGUGCCUGGUGACGGACCAGACGAACAGGGUGGAUUGGGACAGGGCGGAUCGAGCUACGUGCCUCCUCAUCUUCGUGGCCGCGGUGGCGCUGGUGAGAAGAUGGGUGGGAAAUACGAGCGGGAUGACCUGGCUACUCUUCGUGUCACAAACGUCAGCGAAAUCGCCGAAGAACAGGACCUUCGAGACAUGUUUUCACGAUUCGGCCAUGUCACCAGAGUCUUCUUGGCAAAGGACCGGGAAACGGGACGAGCAAAGGGCUUUGCCUUCGUCAGCUACGCGGAUCGGACCGAUGCUGCCAAGGCGUGCGAAAAGAUGGAUGGCUUUGGUUUCGGCCAUUUGAUCCUCAGAGUCGAGUUCGCGAAGAAGGCCACUUAG